ACAGGAAGACCAGGGCUUCCGGGCGACAAAGGCGCGAUGGGGAUUCCUGGACGGCCGGGUGCUCCAGGAGAAGCAGGCAUGUCCAUCAUCGGGCCCCGCGGUCCACCCGGACAGCCUGGAACUAGAGGUUUUCCUGGAUUCCCGGGCCCUAUUGGCUUAGACGGCAAACCGGGUCAUCCUGGACAGAAGGGGGAGAUGGGUGCUGCAGGUCCCAGGGGACAACCAGGACCCCCAGGACAAAAAGGAGAAAAGGGUCAGUGUGCGGAGUACCCCCACAGGGAAUACCUAAGCACCACCCUCGCAGCCCUGCGCUCUAACCAGAUCCUUACGCUGAAGGGCGAACAAGGACAAGCGGGAAUCCAAGGUCCCCCGGGGCCCCCUGGCCCGCCAGGGCCCUCUGGACCGGCUGGACCUGAGGGAACACCAGGACAGCCCGGGCCAAUUGGGCCACCUGGCCGAGUGGGAGAACCGGGGAAACCUGGCAGAGAUGGAAAGGGCUUACCUGGGCCUCCUGGACCAAAGGGAGACCCUGGGAUUCAGGGAUACCCCGGCAGAAAGGGUGCCCCUGGGUUGGCCACCGCCGGGAUGAAGGGUGAGCCUGGGACUCCAGGAGAAAAGGGACAGCCUGGAGUCCCAGGGAGGAUGGGCCCCCCAGGUUUGCCAGGGAAAAGGGGGCAGCGGGGGGAGAAGGGACGAGCUGGUGACCCUGGACUUCCCGGACUCCCUGGCCUGAAGGGCGAGAAGGGAAAUAGUGAGAAUGCCUUGGCAGGAGGUAAAGGGGAACCUGGCCCCCCAGGUCUGCCUGGGCCCCCUGGACCAAAGGGAGAAGCUGGUGAUGUUGGCGCUGCAGGACCGCAGGGGGAAAAGGGGGAGCCUGGUGCACUGGGAGAGCAGGGACCCACGGGCCCACGGGGCCCCAAAGGAGAGCCUGGGAAGGAUGAAAUGAUGGACUACGAUGGCAACAUCAGUGAAGCUCUCCAGGAAAUACGAACUUUGGCCUUGAUGGGACCACCAGGACUUCCGGGUGUGGCUGGACCUCCAGGGCCACCAGGACAGAAGGGUGAAAUUGGCUUGCCAGGUCCUCCAGGCCAUGAUGGAGAAAAGGGGCCACGGGGCAAGCCAGGAGAAAUGGGUCCCCCUGGCCCUCAUGGGCUGCCAGGAAAGGAUGGACCUCCUGGGAUAAAGGGAGAGCCAGGCCAUGCUGGGGCUGCAGGACAAAAGGGGGAUAAAGGAGAGCCAGGACAAGCCGGCUCACCGGGUCUUGAUGGCCCCACUGGAGAGAAAGGCGAACGAGGUGACCAAGGGAUGCCAGGACCAUCAGGAUUGCCGGGUCCCAUUGGACUUCCAGGAUUGACAGGAGAGAAGGGCGAGCCUGGGGAGCGUGGAGACAAAGGAAACCCAGGAGAAUCGAUGUCUGGCCCCCCUGGACCUCAAGGACCACCAGGACCUCCGGGUGUUCAGGGCCUCCCGGGACCGAAGGGGGAAGCAGGGAUUGAUGGAAUGAAAGGAGAGAAGGGUGUCCAGGGUGAAAAAGGAGACAGAGGGCCACUGGGAUUACCCGGUACUCCAGGACCAAUGGGGGUUUCAGGACCAGCAGGACCAAAAGGAGAAAGGGGCAGUAAAGGAGAUCCUGGUGUUGUAGGACCAAUGGGACCAGCAGGACUUCCUGGUUUACAAGGUCUGCCUGGUGACAAAGGAAUCCGGGGGGAGAGGGGCAAGAAAGGCUCUAGAGGGUCUAAAGGGGAUAAGGGAGACCAAGGAGCGCCUGGAUUAGAUGCACCCUGUCCGUUGGGAGAAGAUGGCCUCCCGGUUCAAGGCUGCUGGAACAAGUGAUGAUUCUAACCCUGGACUGGCCUUUGUGUGUUAUUUUACAUAGAAUAUUUAUUUUUAUACAGUGUUCUUCUCUGAAAUGCCAAAAGUUAUGCAUUUUUACAAAUUAUCAAGAAGCUGCAUAUUUUUUGUACAGAAAAUACUAGAUCUCCCUUCUUC